CUUCCUCUUUCUCUCUCUCUUCCUCUCUCUGAUUGGCUCGUUCUCUGCAGCCUCCUCCGGCAGCAUAAUGCUGCUCCGCUCUGUUGGUAGUGUCAGUGUUCCUGCUGUGGACCCGUGGACUGUUCUCUGGACCUGUGGCUCGGCUUUCUCUUCUCUGUCCUGGCUCGGCCCGACAUGACGCGGGACUUAACCCGGACCGGAGCGAGUGGGACGAGGCUGUGACAGCCGGAGCGCUGCAUGCCUGCACAGUGCGGAUGAAUGAACGACAGAGAUGGAAAAACUACUGAGUCAGAUGAUGUGUGUGUGUUUGUUUCUGAGCGGACGAGUUUCUCCGACGCAGUUAACCUGUGAAACACUGAUCCUGCUGUCAACCAACCUGACAGCGAGGACGUUGGUGUUCCUGAACCAGACGUUUGGCGUCAGAAACAGCUCAGGUGUGUUCUGUGACCUGUCGGUGGACGGGAUAGGAACCUGUUGGCCUCUCAGCGCAGCCGGACAGCUGAUCUCCAGACCGUGCCCCGAACAGUUCAAUGGUAUCCACUACAACACCUCCAACCGGGUGUUCAGAGAGUGUCAGACUAAUGGCAGCUGGGCUCCUCGAGGAAACUACAGUCAGUGCACCGAGAUCAUCGUCAUGAGGAAGAGUAAGCUUCAUUAUCAGGUCGCUGUGAUCAUCAACUACCUCGGUCACUGUUUCUCUCUCGGAGCUCUGCUGCUCGCAUUCACACUCUUCCUCAGACUCAGGAGUAUUCGCUGUCUGAGGAACAUCAUCCACUGGAAUCUGAUCUCAGCGUUCAUCCUGAGGAACGCAACCUGGUUCAUCGUCCAGUUAACCAUGAACCCUGCUGUUACCGAGGGCAACCAGGUGUGGUGCCGACUGGUGACAGCAGCGUAUAAUUAUUUCCAUGUGACAAACUUCUUCUGGAUGUUUGGGGAAGGCUGUUAUCUGCACACCGCCGUCGUCCUCACCUACUCCACCGACAAACUCAGGAAGUGGAUGUUCAUCUGCAUCGGCUGGGGUAUUCCCUUUCCAAUCAUCGUGGCCUGGGCUUUCGGGAAGCUUUACUACGACAACGAGAAGUGCUGGUUUGGAAAGAAGGCGGGAGUUUACACCGACUACAUCUACCAAGGCCCUAUGAUCCUCGUCCUGCUGAUCAACUUUGUCUUCCUGUUCAACAUCGUUCGGAUCCUCAUGACCAAACUAAGAGCGUCCACAACCUCCGAGACCAUCCAGUACAGGAAGGCAGUGAAGGCCACACUGGUGCUACUGCCCCUGUUAGGGAUCACCUACAUGCUGUUCUUUGUGAAUCCUGGAGGAGAAGACGAGCUUGCUCAGAUUGUCUUCAUCUACUUCAACUCCAUCCUCGAGUCCUUCCAGGGUUUCUUUGUCUCCAUCUUCUACUGUUUUCUCAACAGUGAGGUGCGCUCUGCAGUCAGGAAGCGUUGGAUUCGUUGGCAGGACCGUCACUCCCUCCGCAGCCGGGCGGUGCGCGCCUCGUCACUGCCGACCUCAGCGAGCAGAGUCUCCUUCCACAGCAUCAAACAGACUUCCGUCCUCUGACAGAGCCUCACCCUCUGAUAGAGCCCCACCCUCUGACUGAGCCCCACCGCAGACAUGUCAGUCAGCCCCUCUCCAGAGCUGAACGCAGCAGAGACAUUGGGGGGCACUCUGACACAUGUCCCUGAAUGCAGCAAAGCUGUGACAGAUUCAGAGAUGAUGAUGUGUUCAGGCAACAGAGGACGUUUGACUGCAGUUCUAAAGUCUGAACUUCUACUCUAAGAGCUUUAACAAACAGGCUCCAUUCAUAGAAAUAUUGAAUCUCUGUGUACACUAAAACUAAAUCUGACAUAAUAGAUUGUUUGGUGAUUAUAUAUUGUAUAUUAUUUGCAACCCAAACAUGAAUAAAUGCAGGAUUUUAUCUUUA